GAGGGAGAGGGAUUAUAAAGUGGUCAUUAAGUUCGUUGCAAGGGCAAAUUUGCAGUAUUUGGGUCAGUUCCUUGCCGGUAAGCGUGCCAAUGCACCACAAGAAGCCAUUCAAAUACUGGACAUUGUCUUGAGAGAGCUAUCAUCCAAAAGGUACUGUCCUAUAGGAAGAUCCUUCUUUUCUCCUGAUAUCAGGUCACCUCAACGUCUCGGUGAUGGCCUAGAAUCAUGGCGCGGUUUUUACCAGAGUAUAAGGCCUACUCAAAUGGGACUGUCUCUGAACAUUGAUAUGGCUUCAGCUGCAUUCAUCGAGCCUCUCCCUAUCCUCGAGUUUGUUGCUCAGCUUCUCGGGAAAGAUGUUUUGUCUCGGCCACUGUCUGAUUCCGAUCGCGUUAAGAUCAAAAAGGCUCUUAGAGGGGUGAAAGUCGACGUAACGCACCGGGGUAAUGUAAGGCGUAAGUAUCGUAUUUCGGGGCUAACGUCACAGCCUACAAGAGAGCUAGUGUUUCCUGUUGACGACAACUCGACCAUGAAGUCGGUUGUCGAGUACUUCCAGGAGAUGUAUGGCUUCACCAUCCAACAUGCUCAUCUGCCUUGCCUUCAAGUAGGAAAUCAGAAGAAGGCCAAUUAUUUACCAAUGGAGGCCUGCAAAAUUGUUGGGGGACAAAGGUAUACAAAGAGAUUGAAUGAGAAACAAAUAACUGCACUUCUGAAAGUCACAUGUCAAAGACCGAGGGAUCGAGAAAACGACAUUCUGAAGACUGUUCAACAUAAUGCCUAUAACAACGAUCCUUAUGCAAAGGAGUUUGGGAUAAAUGUUAGUGAAAAGAUGACUUCUGUUGAAGCUAGAAUUCUUCCUCCUCCAUGGCUGAAAUACCAUGAUACUGGAAAAGAGAAGGAUUGCUUGCCUCAAGUGGGUCAAUGGAAUAUGAUGAAUAAGAAAAUGAUUAAUGGAAUGACGGUUAGUCGGUGGGCGUGUAUCAACUUCUCUAGGAGCGUGCAGGAGAGCGUUGCUCGUGGAUUUUGUUCUGAACUUGCUCAAAUGUGUCAAGUGUCUGGAAUGGAAUUCAAUACAGAACCAGUUAUUCCAAUAUACAAUGCUAGGCCAGAACAAGUAGAGAAAGCUUUGAAGCAUGUUUAUCAUGCUUCCAUGAACAAGACUAAAGGAAAAGAGUUAGAGCUAUUAUUAGCUAUCUUACCCGACAGUAACGGAUCGCUUUACGGUGAUCUUAAGCGAAUCUGUGAGACGGAUCUUGGUUUAAUAUCACAAUGCUGUCUUACAAAAUAUGUGUUCAAGAUUAGUAAACAGUAUCUUGCUAAUGUUUCAUUGAAGAUCAAUGUCAAGAUGGGUGGUAGAAACACUGUUCUUCUAGAUGCUAUCAGCUGCAGGAUACCGCUCGUAAGCGACAUACCGACUAUAAUAUUUGGAGCAGACGUGACUCAUCCAGAGAACGGCGAAGAUUCGAGCCCUUCGAUAGCUGCUGUUGUAGCAUCUCAGGAUUGGCCUGAAGUGACAAAGUAUGCUGGACUAGUAUGUGCUCAGGCUCAUAGACAAGAACUUAUACAAGACUUGUACAAAACUUGGCAGGAUCCUGUCCGUGGCACCGUCAGCGGGGGCAUGAUCAGGGAUCUUCUGGUUUCGUUUAGGAAAGCAACAGGGCAGAAGCCUCUAAGAAUAAUAUUUUACAGGGAUGGCGUUAGUGAAGGACAAUUCUAUCAAGUAUUACUUUACGAGUUAGAUGCAAUCAGGAAGGCAUGUGCUUCUUUAGAACUGAAUUACCAGCCACCCGUGACGUUCAUCGUCGUACAAAAACGACAUCACACCCAACUGUUUGCCAACAACCAUAGAGACAGAAGUAGCACAGACAGGAGUGGAAACAUUUUACCUGGCACCGUAGUCGACUCCAAAAUAUGCCACCCGACAGAAUUUGAUUUCUAUCUUUGUAGCCAUGCUGGAAUUCAGGGGACAAGCCGACCAGCUCAUUACCAUGUUCUUUGGGAUGAAAACAAUUUUACAGCAGAUGGGAUUCAGUCCUUAACCAAUAAUCUUUGCUACACGUAUGCAAGGUGUACGCGUUCGGUUUCUAUCGUCCCUCCAGCAUACUAUGCACAUUUAGCAGCAUUCCGAGCUCGAUUCUACAUGGAACCAGAGAUGCAAGAGAAUGGCACGAGCGGUCGUUCUGCUAAGAGUGCGACCGGGGUUCGCCCUUUGCCAGCUCUAAAGGAAAAUGUGAAGAGAGUAAUGUUUUACUGUUAGAAAUCGGAACCACCAAGCAAAGGGGAGGCUCGUAGUCGGAGCGAUGACCGGAAAGGUUCGGGUUCCUCUGGCAUUAGUUCCCUUGUAAAUGAAUGAUCACAACCAGCCAUAGAUCACAGGUUCUCUUCUCACCCACAUUUGUAAAGAACUGUUCUUCCAUAAUGAAUCAGUAUAGAUGCCUUCUUAAUGUGUUGAAUUA